AUGUCGAUCAACAUGAAAACCUUCACCGAAGCUCUGGCGAGAACCGCCGCCGUGAUCGAGAAGACGGUUCACACCACAGUCCAGGAAGUCACGGGCCCGAAGCCUCUCCAGGACUACGAGCUCGUCCACCAGAUCGGCUCCGCGGGCCCCGGCCUCGCCUGGAAGCUCUACGCAGCCAAGGCGCGUGACGCCACGCGAUCGCAGCAGUACCCGACGGUCUGCGUGUGGAUGCUUGAUAAACGCGCUUUGACGGAGGCUCGUCUCCGAGCGGGGCUGUCUAAGGCGGCGGAAGACGCGUUUCUUGAUCUGAUCCGAGGGGAUGCGGGGAAGCUGGUGAGGUUGAGGCAUCCAGGUGUGGUGCACGUGGUGCAGGCGCUCGAUGAGAAUAAGAAUGCUAUGGCUUUGGUUACUGAGCCGCUCUUUGCCUCUGUGGCUAACGCGCUUGGGAAUGUUGAGAAUGUGGCUGAUGUGCCUAAAGAUCUCAAGUCAAUGGAGAUGAGCUUGUUAGAGGUGAAGCAUGGUCUUCUCCAGAUUUCAGAGACACUGAACUUUCUCCACAGUAAUGCCCAACUCAUCCACCGAGCCAUAUCUCCUGAGAAUGUUCUCAUUACUUCAUCUGGUUCUUGGAAGCUUGCCGGGUUUGGCUUUGCUAUUUCGACAGCACAAGCUGGGAAUUUAGAUAACAUGCAGUCAUUCCACUAUUCUGAGUAUGAUGUCGAGGAUUCAAUACUGCCGGUCCAGCCAUCACUAAAUUACACUGCACCUGAACUGGUGCGCAGUAAAAGUCCUUCAGCUGGAGCUUCUUCAGACAUUUUCAGUUUUGGAUGCCUUGCCUAUCAUUUGGUUGCGAGGAAACCGUUGUUAGAUUGCAAUAACAAUGUUAAGAUGUAUCUCAACACGUUGAACUAUAUAACAAAUGAAUCAUUCUCAUCUAUACCUUCGGACUUGGUAUCUGAUUUGCAAAGAAUGCUAUCAAUGAACGAAACCUUUAGACCAACAGCAGUAGACUUCACAGGAUCUAGUUUUUUCCGAAGCGACGCUAGGUUACGUGCUCUCCGUUUCCUUGACCACAUGCUUGAAAGAGACAACAUGCAGAAGUCCGAGUUCUUAAAAGCAUUAUCAGAUAUGUGGAAGGAUUUUGAUUCCCGUGUAUUACGGUAUAAGGUGCUUCCACCUCUUUGUGCUGAACUUCGGAAUUUGGUUUUGCAACCAAUCAUCUUGCCAAUGGUUCUAACUAUAGCACAGUCUCAGGAUAGGAAUGACUUUGAGUUGAUAACACUGCCCGCUCUUGUUCCUCUUCUGAGCACUGCUUCUGGAGAUACAUUACUGCUGCUUGUAAAGCAUGCAGAGCUUAUUAUUAACAAGACUGAUAGUGAGCAUCUUGUAUCGCAUGUUCUCCCUUUGCUUCUCCGAGCCUACAAUGAUAACGAUGUCCGCAUACAGGAGGAAGUUCUUAAAAGAUCAACAUCUGUCGCUAAGCAACUCGAUGGUCAGGUUGUGAAGCAAGCAAUUUUACCUCGCGUUCAUGGCUUGGCUCUCAAAACCACAGUUGCUGCGGUCAGAGUAAAUGCUUUGCUCUGCUUAGCAGAGCUGGUUCAAACGCUUGAUAAACCCGCUGUCAUUGAAAUUCUGCAAACAAUCCAGCGGUGUACUGCUGUUGAUCGUUCUGCACCUACCCUUAUGUGUACCCUUGCUGUCGCUAACGCAAUUCUGAAACAGUAUGGAGUUGAAUUCACAGCGGAACAUGUGCUUACCCUGAUGAUGCCUCUUCUCACUGCCCAACAACUAAACGUCCAGCAAUUUGCCAAAUAUAUGCUAUUUGUCAAGGAUAUUCUCAGAAAAAUAGAGGAAAAGAGAGGAGUUACAGUAAAUGAUUCUGGAACCCCAGAGGUGAAGCCGCAUUCUGUUGCCAAUGGAGUCCAGUUUCAAUCACCAGCCCAAACACCAGAGAAGGUUGCUUCUGCAGCCAAGAGCAGUCCAGCUUGGGAUGAAGAUUGGGUUUCUCCGAGCAAAGCUUCUGCUGUGGGAAACCCUGCGUCUUCUCAUCACGUCACAAACAAUCAGUUUAACAAAUCCUCAACACAGCCAUCUACCAUGUCUACUUUGCCAAACAAGGCAACAGCGCCAACCACAUGCCCUCCAGUGGACAUUGAAUGGCCUCCAAGACAAUCAUCAAGCCUCACUGCUCCAGCAAUAGCUGAUAAGACACAGCUGAACACAGGAUCGUCGUCUACUCCUGGUUUUGAUGAAUUAGAUCCUUUUGCUAACUGGCCUCCACGUCCCAACAGCAGCGUUUCUGUUGCUUCUACUGGUCUCAACAAUGGCACAUCUGGUUUCAGCAACAAUUUACCAGCUAGCAAUGAUAAUUGGGCAUUCAGUAGUGCCUCAUUGUCUUCCCUGAAACCACCUCAGCAAGGGAGUUCUGCAAGUAAUCAGGAUCCAGUAAACACUUUUGGGUUACCUAAACAGAGCCAAGGAAUGUCAUCUUUCAACGGUGGUUCGUACAAUAACCAAAAGCCAGCAGACAUCAGCUCCAUAUUCGGUUCAAGCAAAACCGGGCAGCCUGCAAUGAAACUCGCGCCACCACCUUCGUCAGCAAUGGGAAGAGGAAGGGGAAGAGGUAGAGGUGGAACCGGCUCCUCUACUGCAAAGUCCAAUGGUUCACAACCAUCUUUAUUGGAUCUACUAUGACCAAAGGCACUCGGGGGUUGAUGUUUGGUCAUUUAUAGUGAAGAGAAGCAUAUACACAUGGAGAUGUUAUGUAAACAUCUUUCGAGAUUGGUUAUUCCACGUAUAAAUUUUACUACAACUUCAGGCUGUUUCCGUCUCUCUCUAACUGUAUGAGUUUUUUUUGUUCUGUUUAUUUUCUCGCUCGCACCGUUGCUUCAUUAUACUGCUUUUACACUAUGUUCAUGUAUACGAGUUUUCUUUUCUGGCGGCA